AUGCCGAAGAUAAUGAAAAUCGGACAAUGGGCCUCGCCUGCCUACAUUGCAGCUGCGAUUUUGGUGGUUAUUCAGGUUGCGAUAGGCCUCUUGUUCAAAGCAGUCCAAGUCAAGGGAGCAUAUUCAUUCUCAACCUCAGCAUCGAUUACGAUAUCCGAAUUCCUCAAGCUUGGGAUCUCCACAGCUUUGUUUGGUCGGACAUGCUUGACAAGAUUCCGGGACCAGAAAAGGGGAUACCAGUUUCUCGAAGACAAUAAUACAUUACUUCAUGAUUAUAAUGAUAAGCGUGUGUCCGAGGAUUCGGAAGCACCCUCCUCAUCGAGUCUUGAGCCGACUGCCCCAGGUUGUCCCGAUGAAGAGUUCCACGUCAAGACUUCUCACAGGCAGGGAGAUCGUUACAUUUCAUACUUUGUCUCAUCAUGCAUUCACGAAGUAUCAAAGGAACAUAUCAUUGCAUACGGGCACCUUGCACUACUCUACGCACUGAUCAACAAUACCGUAUUUGUCGCAUUCAGGCUCGCUGACCCAGGGACCAUUCAGCUUGUCAAAUCCGGCAUCACCCUGAUCACCGCGAUCACAUCUCUUUUACUCCUCGGCACUCGAAUAAUGAAGCUACAAUGGAUGGGAAUCGCUCUUCAAGUCGUUGGUCUGAUUGUGACACAAUAUCACGAGGGCUCGGGCUUGACAUAUCCCCUGCCAACCUAUCUUGUUCUUCUCCUACAAACCGGGGUUUCAGCUGUUGCUGGUGUUCUCAACCAGUUCCUGUGCAAGAGCCAACCCGCAUCGUUGCACGCUCAGAAUAUGGUGCUCUACGGCUUUGGAACAUUGACUAACGGCAUUGUCCACAUUGCGAUAACGUUCCUCAAUCCCAAUGAACCUGGCUUCUUCCAGGGCUACAACCAAGUUGGCGCUUUCCUGGUCAUUGCCAGCAACGUGCUCCUAGGCCUUGCCAUCACAGCGGUGUACAAAUAUGCCGAUGCGGUGGUCAAAUGUUUCGCGACCGCCUUCUCCACUGCCAUACUACUUUAUCUUGCUCCGUUCUUGUUCGACGUGAAGUUCUCGGCGUUGGUAAUUCCGGGCACCUUGGUGGUUUUCAUGGCAACAUGGUUGUACAUAGAAACGGCCAUGAAGCCGGCCGCCACCCAUGCUCAGCCCGAAGCCGCAACAAACGAGAAGGCAUCAUCGUCUUGUCGACUUGAGCUUCUCGUUUCCGUGAUCACCCUCCCCAAGUGGGGGCCUCUGGGUCUCAGCAUAGCAGGUAUCGUGUUUGCCGGAUCGAUAGCCACGAUUAACACUUGGAAAAUUGAAGGCUACCAGAAGCAGCACGAUAAUGUCGAGACCUCUACGGCUGAUAUGGCGAACAAUCAAAGUCACAGAGCAGGCGUCAAAUCACCAUUUGCCAACACGCUGGGUUUCGUGCGAUGGAACGAGGCGUAUCUGGAGCGGAUUCCCUUGAUCCAGAAGUACGACCCUUUCUUCCACACCAUCCACUACAGUAUUCCAAACUAUGUUGCUGACCCGCCGACCGGAGGAAAGUUCGUCAUCGUCACCCAUUCCUCAUGGGACAACCACGAGAACGUGUACAUUCCCGUUGCAGAUACAAUGGCCCUGAUACUCAACGACACAGAAUACUCGUCAAUCGAGGGCCUUCUCUUCUUCCAUUUUGACUUGUGGAUCAACCCCCUCGAGUUUACAUUUAUGGACUACGAUCGCAUCUGGUCGACGUACAUCACGCACUAUAAAAGCAAGGAGGCAGGGAAUGGAUGGCAUUGGUGGGAUGUACGGCCGCUGUGGGAGCAAGGCACGAGUGCCAUAGCGGCGUUAAAUGGCACCCAGUACGACAAGACGGUCGAAGUAUGUGCCAAUUGGGCGGAUGUCUACUACGUGCCCCGGAAAUACUUUAGCGACUUCAUCUAUCUCUCUCAUCUGGUGGAUCCGAUGUUCCACGAGAGUGCGAUUCCCACCAUGUUCAACAUCAUCGAUCGCACUUACAGGCAGCAGGAUGCUGGGAAGGAAUAUGUGAACCUCGCGGACUGCUGGGGUGGAUGUUGUGCCAGCAACCCUACGCCAGAGGAUAUCAUGUGGGCCAGGUGUGGCCACCGCCUGAAUUAUCUUGAUCCCGACACUACCGUUCUGCAUUAUAUGAGGCUCGAUAGACAGGUGAAUACCCUUCAGUCGAUUGAAGGAUAA